AUUGGAAUCAACACUCUCUUGAACCGUCUUAAGCAAAGCAUUGCAUCUUCGCGCGACUUUUCCGAUUUUCUGAAGAAACGCGGUGCAGUGGAAGAGGAUCAUGCUAAGGGUUUGCGACGUCUGGUCAAAUCAACCACCGACAACAUUCACUCCAAGGAGUCGAGACAGGGCUCCUAUGUUACCAAGCUCGAUGAGGCUAUGCGCCUGCACGACCGAAUCGCCGACAAUGGAAUGCAAUUCUCUCUAGCCCUGCACCAGAUGCAUGAAGAUCUCAACGAGCUGUCACUCAACAUGGAAAAGGGGAGGAAACACUGGAAGCACGAAGGCCUGAAUGCUGAGAAACGUGCUACCGACGCCGAGUCUGCUAUGGAAAAGGCAAAGUCAAAGUAUGACGGCCUGGCAGAAGACUACGACCGCGCCCGUACUGGCGACGCAAAGAGCUCAAGACGAAUCGGUCUAAAAGGCAUGAAGAGUGCUCCUCAGCACGAGGAAGAUCUCCUUCGCAAGCUUCAGGUUGCAGAUUCAGAUUACCAAGCAAAGGUCCAGGCAGCAAAGGCGCAGAGAGAGGAACUCAUCAAGACUGCUCGACCUCAGGCUGUCAAAGCUCUGCAAGAGCUGAUCAACGAAUGCGACUCGGGUCUCGCUUUGCAGCUCCAGAAGUUUGCCUCGUUCAACGAGAAACUUCUCCUAGGCAACGGCAUCGCUCUCAGCCCGCUUCCUCCUAACGACCCCUCAGCUCCCGUCCAACACAGUCUUCGCGAUAUUGUCCUCGAAAUCGACAACAAGGCUGACUUUGACAACUACAUGAGUGGUCACAUCUCGAAGGUUCCCAGCAGAAUCUCUGAGAUCAAAUACGAACAACACCCAACUCUCAGGCCAAAGCAGCAAACUCCUACUCCAGCCAGUCGACAGCCUUCGUCGACGCUGCCAGGACCAGCGCUACCUGAAACACCGACGACAAGCGUGCCAACACAGCAGCCUACCUAUUCCACACCACCAGGACCAGCCCUUCCACCCACGACGCAAUAUCCAUCUCAGCCUUCCUACGGUAACCCUGGCAAUCCUCCUUACCCCACUGAUCCGCCUCAGCAAUAUAAUACUGCGCCCUACCCUACCAGCCCAGGAGCACCUCGUGGCUUCUCUACCUCGACACAGGGCACCAGCGCUCCCUACUCUCCUGUGACGCCAGGUGGUAUGGGUGCUCAGCAGAGCUUCUCUUCUCAAUCACGUUCCUUGUCUCCUGGUCCUGUCGCAACUGCUCUACCUCCUCCUCUCAAGCCUGUCUUUGGCGUCAGCUUGGACGAGUUGUACAACAGAGAUCAGACGGCUGUUCCCAUGAUUGUCUACCAAUGCAUGCAGGCCGUUGAUCUUUUUGGUCUUGAUGUCGAGGGUAUCUAUCGUCUCAGUGGUACAGCCAGCCAUGUCCAACAGAUCAAGGCUCUCUUCGACCACGAUUCCCAAGUCGUCGACUUCCGCAACCCAGCAUCCUUCUACCACGAUGUUAACAGCGUAGCCGGCCUUCUCAAACAGUUCUUCCGCGAACUUCCCGACCCUCUUUUGACACGUCGUUCGUACAACAGCUUCAUCGAUGCCGCCCGCAUCGAGGACGAUACGACACGUCGCGACGCUGUUCACUCGGUAAUUAAUGAGCUGCCUGACCCCAACUAUGCUACUCUCCGAGCUUUGGUCCUCCAUCUCAACCGCGUCCAGGAGCAUUACGCCAAGAACCGCAUGUCGACUUCGAACCUGGCAAUCUGUUUCGCACCAUCGUUGAUGGGCUCACAUACUGGACCACAGAUUGCCGACGCUAGUCUGCAGGCGAGAGUUUUGGAUACGAUUCUGACGAACACAUUCCAGAUCUUUGACGAGGAUUGA